CCUGGAGGAGGAAGAGACAGACAGGCUUGGCGUGAGAGGGGAACAGGAGCUCUCAGCACUGCAGCCCCAAGAGAGCCAUGCUCCUGUCCCUGGGCCAGCCCUGUGCUGCCCCUAGGGAGAGCAAGGGGAGUUGGGGUUUCCUUUGCCUUGGGGUGGGACAUCCCUGGGGAAGGGGUGCCUUACUCAAGUCUGCUUCUAGAGCCCCUGGGGACAUCAACCCUUUUAUAAACAGGACGGUGCCCCCCCCGCCCGGUCUCCGCCUGGGUCCACCGACUCGCAUGCCCAGCACCCCCAAAUCAGCCAGCUGUCCAGGCACCUGGACGCUCCGACAGGCAGACGGCAGAGGAGCCGACACACACUCCACUGCCUCGGCAUCCUCCCCUCCCCGGGCGCCCAGGCGGUGCUGGUUUUCCUGCUGCGCGUUUCAGGCUGCGACGCCCCCGCCCCGCCCUGGGGUGCCUAGAUUACCUCCUCACAACCCCUUCCUGGCCUCUCUCCUAGGGACUCCCUCGCCCUCGGUGGGCCGACACCUCCUCCCCCGAUGGCGCGGCGCGCCCGGCAUCGCCGGACCAGCCCGCCAGGCACCCGCAUUCCCGUGCAAGCUGCCCGGCGCCGGCCGUCUGUCGGUCCACUCCUACCCCGCAGCCUCAGUUCUGUCCCCGGCUCACCUCGACGCCGGCCUCCGGGCAGCUCCCGCCGCGCCGCUGCCGCCGUUGCAGCAGCCGCAGCCCGGGAGGGAGCAAGUCAGCGAGCGAGGGAGGGAGGCGACGGGUCUCCCCUCCUCUCUCCUCCCGUUCGCUCGUCCCCUCUCCUCCGGUCCCCUCCCCUACGCUCCAGUGCCGCCGCGCGCCGCCCCCGCCCCUCGCACGCCUCCGGCCCCUCCCGGCCAGCCCAAGGGAGCUCUCGUGCCCGGCCCCGCGUUACCAGGCAACCGGCCCGGGGACCACUCAAGCCCCCUCCCACGCGCGCCUCCCGGAGGGGCGCCCCCUUCCCUUCCUAAGUCCCCGGCCCCUCCCGCUAACGGUCACCAGGGGUCCUGGCCGUGACCGGGUUGGGGGAAACGGAGAAGGGUCUUUGAGGAGACCGGGACCUAAGAGACUAGCAGGGCCGGCUGGGGGCAGCCCGAGAGCUGGAAGAGGGCAUGGAAGAUGGGGCAGAGGAACUGGUGCAGAGCAGCAGGGUGGGGUUUCAAGAGCAGAGAGCCUGCAGGGCUUCAGACCCCCGAGGCGGCAGCAGCAGAGACGGGUAUUGGAAGGCUCAGGAUGGGACCCUGGACGGGAAGACUCAAGUCCGGGAAGAGGAAUUCCAAGGGGCAAGGCUGGGCCGCAGGAGCCGCCGAGUGCAUGUUGAGCUGGACCUCACCGCUCCCAGUCCUCAGGCUCAAGCCGCCCGCAGCCGCUCCGCAGCUCCGCCACCCACCAGCGCUUUCCAAGGCCCUGAGGGUGCGCAGGAAUCCGUGCUGCAGCUGGGAGAGGAGCUGGAACCCCAGCACCACCCGGGGCCAAGCAGGGCUGCCCAAUGAUGAAGAGACCCCUUGGGAGUGGGGAAAACUCAUUCACCCCAGAGACAGAGACAGGUUUUUAUUUAAAAUUUAUUAUAAUGGGGUCCGCGCAAAAGGAGGUGGAGGGCGGGGAGCAUGCAGGGGACACAGGAACACGAUGACACGGCCAGGGCCAUAGCUCUGUCGUGGGGAAAAGGGAUGAAGAGACCAGGGCUGGAGCUGGGGUGGAGAGGGAAGGGGGAGACACUGUGGCUGCAUUCUCCCCGCCCCCGGAAGCACCUCUAGUCCCCGGAUCCUCUCACCCUGGCCCCUAGGACUCCAUCUCGCUCUGCCUCUGGCCCUAGCAGCUCCCUCUUUUGCUCCCCUGGCCUCCCCGCCCCCCGCCCCCGCCAGAUUCCCAAGUAGGUACAACCUCUGCCUUUCCUGCGUCUGCCCUCAAAUCUCACCUUCCCUCCCCAGGACAGAACUGCUUGAUUCUCUCCUUCCUCUCCUCCCUCCCCCUGAAGAAACAAAAAAGAAAGAAAAGAAACAAAAAAAGCACCAGCUCCCCGGGAGGGGCAGCAGACAGAAGUGGGGGAGAGGACCGGAAGGAGGAGAGCAGGGCCAGGAGGGCCAGGAGGGGAGAGGCUCACACAGCCCUGGGAGGGCAGGGCAGGGCAGGGCAGAGGGGAGAGGGGCCGGGCAGUGGCUGCUCCUGUCCUCUGCCGUCCCCGCCCACUGUCCAGGGGACUUCAACACAACCAAGGGGACAGGUGUGUGUAGGGUCAUCUCUGACAGGGAGGAGA